AUGGGUUGGUUCGAUGGCAGUUCUUCUGUCUCGGGGAGCGGCUGGGUACGCAAACGAUCUCCUCAUCGCUCGAAUUCCGUCUACUCGUCGCGCCAUUCCAGACACUCGGCGCCAUCAAUAUUCAGUCUUGGAGGUGGUAGCAAGAACAGAUCGACCAGCUCAUUCUUCUCCACCUCGUCCAAUUCACGAAAGGGUGUCCGUCCUCGAUCCGGCUUCAUUGAGCGCAUGAUCCGCCGCAUCAAGCGUCUGUUACGAGAUAUCUGGAGCUAUGGUCGUCGUAACCCCAUCAAAGUCUUCCUAUUCGUCAUUGUGCCCUUGAUCACGGGAGGCGUUUUGCAGAAGCUGUUGGCCAUGGUUGGUCUGCGGCUACCGAGCGGCCUCGUGGGAAAUCGCGAAUUCGAGCAGAUAAGCCGUCGCGGCACCGUGAGCGGAUUGGGUGGCGGCGGUAUUGGCGGCGCUGGACUUGGAGAUAGCAUCAAUGGGCUGAUGACAGUUGCCAAAAUGUUCAUGUAG